CCCACAAAUGAAGAAAAGACCAGGAAGUACAAGCACGCUCACAACAAUGGAGUCAAGCACAGAUGCGGUUCCUCAGAAUAUGUUUACUUGCCAUUUGUGCAAUUUAUCUACACCAUUCACAUACUACGGACAGAAGCCACCCAAUACCAGGGCUAUUGUCUUGUUGGAAGAGUGUUUUGUGACCAAGGAUCCUUUCAGUCCAGACGGAGAGAGGUUCCUUAUCCUGGGAUCCAACUGCAGUUUGUGCCACAUCACAGUUUGUGUUGGAACGGGCUGCAGCCUUUUCUACUCCAAGCGAUUCUGCAUGCAGUGUGUGAACAAACACUUGGACCAGUUCCCCCCUCACAUUCAAGCUGAGCUCGCCAAGAAAAAGCAGCCAUCAAAGACAGAUGUUUCAUGAUUUCUGUAAGACACAUAUUAAAGACUGGAGGUACUUCAGGAAGGAAAAUAUCUCUCAGGGUUGUGGCUAGCGUGCUUGCCUUGGUCAGGUGACCUGGGUAGUAUUCCCACUUAGGGCGAUACUCUUGUGAUAUACCCCGCUGGAAUAGACAUGUUUCUGUUUUGGGAGAAAUGGUUGGAACUGAACAUAACUUCUGGGCCACAUAAGGGAUUCUACUUGGUGUCAUACAGUUUUACCACUAGAUGUCAGUAAAGACUUAUUACCAGACUGAAAAUGACAGUUCAUUACAUCCCUCAUUCACAGCAGCUGAAUACAAGGAGUCCCAACAUCAAAAUAUAUAAUGUACCUUGUUUAAUAUUUCAGUAUAACAUGGAAAAAUUUGUAGCUCAGUUGGUAGAGCAUGGCGCUUGUAACGCCGGGGUAGUGGGUUCGAUUCCCGGGACCACCCAUACGUAGAAUGUAUGCACACAUGACUAAGUCGCUUUGGAUAAAAGCGUCUGCUAAAUGGCAUAUAUUACAAUAUGUUAAAAAUAUAUAUACUACCAGAAAUACAUGUAGUUUGCACUUUAUGAAAUAUGCUUCGCCCAAGCAGUGAUAGGAAUGCUAUUUUUCUAUAGAUGACCUCAAUGUUUAUAAAACAAGAUGCACUGACUUGUUGACCUUGAAGAGUAAAUGAGAACUCUCUGCUCCCAAGGAACAUUCUGUGGAUGCCUCCCAAAUGGCACCCUGGCUGAAAGUAGUGCGCUAAAUAGGGAGCCAUUUCAGACAACUUAAAUUGUAUGUGUCCCAGUGAGGGAACUCCAAGUACAUAUGCAAUUGUAACCACUAAACUGCAGUGAUAGUCAGAUUGUGUCAAAGGCAGAUGACGAUAGGCGAGCUGCCAACUAUGAUGGAAGGCAUUUAACACUGAGAUGUCACUCUGGACUGGAAGCAGAUUUAAAAAGCACAAACAAAAUGGAGAUAUCGGAUAUGUUGAACCCUUAACCCAACAUUGCCAAAUGCAGGACCGGUAUAAUUCCACAGAACCUUUCCCUCUCCCAGCUCUUUAGGGAGACCAUUCCAAACAAGAAUCUUCUUCCCUUGUUCCAAAAACUGACAGUGUCAUUCUAUGACCGAUCACAAGAGACUAAUCCCUUUUGUCAUAAACCAAUAAAAAAUGAAUACCAUUUUUAUCUCAAUGGGUUGAUCUGUUUAACUUCUAAAAAUACAAUAUUCCUACAACCAUAUUCACCUUUAAGAAAGAAAUAUGGGUGGUUACAUGUUCUUAAACCAAGAAGCUCAUUUUCUGUUUGAAUAGCCUUCCCUGUCAAUCUGAUUCCCCAACUAGUAGUUCCUCUCUAAUGUCCCGUGUACACUAGCAAGCGGUAAAUUGCUGCAUGCUGCCAAGGCCACCCAGAGUGCCUCGCUUGUGGGCAUGCUGGCAGCAUAUAGCAGCACGUCCGAUUGGGCGUCAAGAAUGUAGCAUAGCAAAUGUGUGAAGGUCUGGUUAUUAAAUUGAGUAAAUGGUUUAAUCCAUUCUCCAUUUCAUGAAUUUAUUCACAGGUAAAUAGUAAUAUACUCUGAAACUUUGCUACCCUGUUUCCAAUCGUCUACAUGGUUGGGAUAACCUAUUCAAGUAAGUGAAUACAUUUCGAAAAUGUAAAAAAAACUAUGUAUUAUUAGCUAACUCAAAUGAGCUGCUAACAUAGCUAGCGAGCUAAUUAAAUCUCACCAGCUACCCAAACUUCAUAUUAGCUAGCUAUCUUGAUGUAUUUAUCACAACAACAAAAAAACUAAACGCAUUUUUAGGUAGCUAGCUAACAGCCAUGGAGGGUGAAAGGAUAGCAGCCCCAACUGUCAGUGAGAGAAAGGGCUAUUCUGGAUAGGGCAGGUACUUUUGUGUAGUUCCAGUCCCUAGAAGUGGGGAUGGAGAUAAUAGUAACAUUAUUCAGUGUGGUAUAUUGAAGUCUGUUUCUUGUGAAGUUUUCUGUCCUCGGAUACAGAGAGCUGUGAAAGCCUAUCUGCAGAUUAAGUCCCAAUGAAGAGCAGUGUCUCUCAAUCAUGGUCCUGGGGACUCAAAGGGGUGCACAUUUUUGUUUUUGCCUUUCACUACACAGCUGAUUUGAAUGAUCAACUCAUCAAGUGGCAUUUAUGUAUUCAUUUGUGAUGCUGCCCUUGAUUAUUAUCCUGCUAUUGUCACAUGCUACACGUGCACAUGCAUCCAUCUAUCCAAUGUUAUCAUGAUUUGUUACGUAAUAUUAUACUUUAGUCAUCAAAUCUAAUUGUAUUAGUCACAUGCGCCGAAUACAACAGGUGUAGGUAGACCUUACAGUGAAAUGCUUUACUACGAGCCCCUAACCAACAAUGCAGUUUUUUUUAAAUACAGAAAUAAA